AUGACAGAUUCAGCUGGUGUUUUCACGACUGCAGUGCUCUCUAUUCUGAUUUUCGUGGGAAUCAUUGGAAACUCAAUGGUCUGUAUUGUCAUACUGAAACAUCGAGAUAUGAGAGUUCCCAUCAAUUAUCUUCUUGUGAACCUGGCAAUGGCAGAUAUCAUGUUUGCUACGUUUAUCGCCCCGCAGUACAUCUUGAGUCAGACGUUCACCCAUCCUGGCGGAGUUACUGGUAAAGUUUUAUGCAAGCUGUUAACUGGUGGGAACUUCGCGUGGGUAGGAGCCGCAUCUUCCGUGUUUACUUUGGUGAAUAUUUCGAUGGAACGUUACUAUGCGGUGAUGUAUCCUCUGAGCAAUAAAGGAAAUCUUUCCGAACGCAAAAUCAUGGUAAUCAUUUCCGGUGCUUGGAUGUUUUCUGUGAUUGUGAACGCUCCAGUUUUCUUGGUCGUUGAAUUUAUAAAUGAAAGCAGUGCUUGUGAAAGAAAAUGGCCUGAAAAAUGGAUGCCAAGGGCUUACAAUGUGGCUUGGUUUGUCGUCAUGGCAAUUAUUCCCUUGACAGUGAUGGCUGCAUUAUAUUCCAGAGUGGUUUACAGGUUGUGGUUUCAACCUGCUGAGAACAGCGAGCUUACCCAACAGCAAAAGGGUGUAUUGAAGCUACGUAAGCGAGUCACUUUGGCAGUCGUUGUUGUUAGUGUUAUCUUCGGGGUCUGCUGGAUUACAGACUCCAUUGUCUAUAUCGUGAGCCAUUUCAACACCGAAAGCUUUGGUCCAGCGGUGUACUCUGUUUCCAACACGAUGAUCAUGUUAAACUCAGCUGUAAAUCCGUUUGUAUAUGGUCUGGUAAAUCAGAGAUUCAGGAGGAAGAUCAAAAUCAUGCUUGGUUGUACAUUUACUUCUCGAGUGAGAGUCCAUGUCUCCAGGGAAACGCAUUCCACAGAAAUGUGA